CGCGGUUGAAUCCCAGUCAUCGUGGUGACAGAUUUUUAGCUUUUGGGGUCACUCAACGGGGAACGGUACACUAUUUGGUUUGGGAUGAGCUUCGCCGGAGUCGGAACGCGAGGGUACGGAGAUUUUGCCGGUUUGGGAAAUUUCAACAACUUUGAAAGCAGUGUUGAUCAUCAGCAACCACCACACAUUGCAAUGGAUGAAGGAGCUACCCCUCAACCGCUUUCGGGCAACGGUCGUCGCUCGGGCAACAGCACCUACAGCUUACAGCAGGAAAUUAUUUGGAUUAAGCAAGAUUCGGCACAGAUUCGCAAUGCUGUUGUUCUGCUGGAAAAGGAAAAGGAUAACUUACGACAAGCAGUUCGAAAACUCAAAUUGGAAAAUGCACGAGUGAAGCAGAAGGUGAAACGCAUGCAGGAGACCAUCAAUGGGUUGAGUGGAGUAUCAGCUGAAACGGAUAAUCUCAAAGUUGGAGCAACUGAGGCAGAUUUGGAUUAUGAUGAUAUUGGACGUGACUUCAUCCUUGUGGGAGGUGCGCAGGACCCUCUUAGUUUGAGAUUCGAAGUAGCCAUCCGAGAUGAAAGAGGUAUCGAGCAUAAAUCAGCUGAACGCUAUUAUUGGUACAAAAUGGCUGAACAUUUCGGAGACUCGGAAACGAUGGCAAAAAUCCUCGAUGCUCCUUCCACAAUCAAGGCAGAGGAAGCAAUGAAGGAUAUUAAAGAUUUCGAUGAGGCUAAGUGGAAUGAAGUGAAAAUGAAUGUAUGGGAAACUGGUCAGCGUCUGAAGCUCGAACAGACACGCUGGAUUGCUAAUCUUCUGGUCUAUACCGGGAAGACAUACAUUGCCGUUGCUUCACAGGAUAAAGUUUUCGGUACAGGCUGGCGUAAAAAUCGUGAUGAAGCAAAUAAGCCAAUUUUCUGGGAUGGUGAAAAUCAGGGUGGUAAGGCUCUUAUGAGACUUCGCCAGCAGAUCAAAGAGACGCAUACUUGGUCGGGACCAUACGAAGAGCAGGAAAUCGAAAAGCGUUUCAAUGAGUUGAAGAAGUACAUCUGGCGUCGUAUUGAUCCAGCACGUCGCCUUGGAAUUCUGCGUGGGCGUGCGCGUGGCUUCGGACGUCGUGGUGGUUAUGGCGGUCGUGGUUACGGUGCACCAAGCGCUGGUUUCCCGCAGGCAGUUCGUCAUUAAUCCAACAGUGUAGGACUGAAAUUUGGCUUUGGAUUAUCAGAAAACUAGCGGUGUUCUAAAAGUGCUGAUUUCUCUGCGUCACUAUUAUUUGCACAAUAAUAAUAGCUGGUAAUUAUUUCCAAUGGCGCAUUUUUUGCAGUUUCUUGUUUAUUUUUUUCUUUUUUCCCCACCCCGUUGAUGUUUUUUGCACCGCUUUGUGGCGAUUUAUUCUUUUUUGAUCCACAGCAAUGCAUUUUUUUUUUUUUUUUUUUUUGGACAGAAACAUCUACUUCAUCAUGUACUGUCGUCGUCGCAACUGAUGAUGAUAUUGAUGAUCUUUCUGCUGGUAAAUUAUUCCAUUUGAUGUGAUUGAUUUUUGGCUCUUUCCAUUGAUACAUUUGCAGCACUUUUUUUCUAAAGUCCUUCCGCGCAUAUUUUUUAGAAGUGAGAAUUUUAAACGGAAAAAAACCUUUUCGAUGUAACAUUACUUUUAAGUUAUUUCUUUUUCGAAAUUCUAUUUUUUCAAGAUUUUCGUUUUCAUGCAACAAUCGUUUCUUUUUUCGAUUUUCGACAACCCAAUUAUAACACUUUUACCUGUUACAGUUUUGUAAUUAACGUUUCAAGACUUUAUGUUUGCGGUUUGAUACACAAUGAGUUUUCGCGUUUUGUGUACUAUCUGUGGUUAUUUUUUAUGGACUUGGAAAAAAAAAAGAAACAUGAUUAUUUUCAUGUCAACAUGUGUUACUUGCAGUUUACACCCAAGUUAAAUGAACGUCAUGGAUUGCGGUAAAAUAAUUUAAGGUAUUGCUAAAUCCCUUUGAAAGUUACACCGUAGCAUAUUAUGUCUGUUAAAAAGAUUUCUUUUUAAUAAUAAAAUUUUCAAUAU